UUGUUUUUGCCGAUACUGUCUUUUUGUUUAUUUAUGGGGUUAGAAUCUAUCGUUUAAGAAUUGUUAUACAUCGUUCUGACGAACUGGUUAAAGCUCAUUAUAAUAAAUGGGGUCACGUGACUUCAGGUGUGGCUGUUUGAAGAUACGCAGGUAAAAAAUAGGCUACGUUUACCCAACUUUGACGGGUCAGAGUUUAAAGAUUUUUUUUGCUCAACUGAAGUAAACAAAACGAUCCUGCAGACCGGCCAGUUAGUAACAAGAGGAAGGAAGACUGGAACCGGAAAAGCUGAAUGAAGUCCGUAAUUAUAGCUCAAGGAGAACGUCGUUUGGUUCGUGGUGGUCACAAAACUCUUGAAAUAGUCUCUUUGAUACAUAUAUAUUUUAAAAAAGCUUCUAUUUCGAUAGGAUUUGUAUUUCAAAUAAUAAACAUUUAAUGAGCACUGGACGGUGUGAACUCUUGGACAAAUUUGCUUUGCUCGCGUGAGAGGUUCACGAGCAGAAGAAAGUCGACAAAGAAAUGGAUAAUGACAUCGAAGAGCAAGAUACGUUUCCAGUGCAAAGGGAUGGAGAAGGUGAGAAUCAAGGAGAUCAAAGAAGAAGGGGUCGGAGGGUAGAGAAGUUUCAGAAGAAAGUUUCUAGAUGGAUGCUUCCCGAGGAGUUACAUGAGACGUAUUUGGAGCGUGCCAACUGCUGUCCACCACCUAUCUUUAUCAUCCUCAUCAGUUUAGCAGAGUUGGGAGUGUUUAUCUACUAUGCAGUAUGGAAGCCCCAGAAGCAGUGGAUAACCUUAGGUAUGGGAAUCUGGGAGAGUCCUCUUACCUAUAAGCCUGAACUACGUAAAGAGGCGUGGCGGUUCGUCUCCUACAUGUUUGUGCAUGCCGGGGUGGAGCACAUCAUGGGAAACCUGUUGAUGCAGCUGCUGCUGGGCAUUCCCCUGGAACUUGUGCAUAAGGGGUUUGAAGUGGGCAUGGUCUAUAUGGCUGGGGUCCUUGCAGGUUCCCUCGCCAGCUCCAUCUUUGAUCCUCUCAGUGCCCUUGUGGGGGCCUCAGGUGGUGUCUAUGCCCUCAUGGGUGGUUACUUCAUGAACGCCGUGGUGAAUUUCAGGGAGAUGUUUCUGCCUCUGGGAGUAUUUCGGAUCCUAGUAAUUGUUCUCAUUGUUGGGACAGAUGUAGGCUUUGCUCUUUACAGAAGAUUUAUUGUCCAUGAGACUGCCAUGAAGGUGUCUUUUGUGGCCCACAUUGGCGGUGGUAUAGCAGGCAUGACCAUUGGUUAUGUGUUUUUCACCAACUACAAUAAAGAGCUCCUGAAGGACCCUCGCUUCUGGAUGUGCAUUGUUGGAUACAUUGUCUUCUUCUUGUUUGCUGUCAUUUUCAACAUCUUCUUGUCCACAGCACCCGCUUGAAGGUGUUUCUGUAAUGGUUGAAGCUAUGCCCCUAUUCACAAAGGAAAAUCCUGGCUUUAAAAUGUUUUUUAUUUUUUUUAAAUGCAUUUCUCGAGUCAGUAUAACUUUAAGACAAUUCUGUUCAUCAUUAUGUUUACAUACACUAGGUGAUGCUAAUACACUACAUAAAUUUCAAAAGUAAAUAUAUUUGAAUGUAUAGAUUGAAUUGAAUUUGAUAGAUUUGUAAAAUGCUGUAAUUGAUAUCCAAAUAUUAACUUUUUUGGUUUUGCUUUGAGACCUUAGCAUACCUCCUCAAAUAUGUACCUCCUCAGGAACAAAUACAAGUGUAAUAUUUGUAUUUUGAAGGGUUUGUUUUUGCAGGGCCAUUAAUUUUUUUAUUGACAGGAUUAAUGAGCCCUUCGUGAUUUCAAAUGUUUAUUUAAAAUACUUGCUUUGUCAUUUUAUUGACAAGGUUAUUGAAAAAAAGGCGAGGAUUUAAUGUUCACUUAAAAACUUGUUUCAGAAUGUGAUCAUUGUGUUUGUAGGCAGGAAAAAGACGGUAUUAGUGCCCAUUAGAGAAAGUUCCCCUGAUUAUUGUCUGACAGGACGAGCCCCUAAAUGUAUUCCUAACUACCCUUACAGGCCUGAGACUAUGUCAGUAAAUGGGGCACAUUUCUCCAUUGUGUGGUUUGCAGGUAGCCAAAAAGAAGCUUUUUGGUUAAACUGACCCACCCCUAGAGAAAAUACAAUGUAAUGCCAUGUAAUGACAGGACUCAAUUUUGGAGAUGCCAUCUUUCCCUUAUUUUAACAACAACAACAACAACAACAACAACAAAAAAGUGGGCAGCAUGUAGGCAGACCACAACCUGAGGUCACACCAAUGUAGUUUAAAUGUGGUAUUGCAUAAGCUGUGAUCGAUAGGAAUUUGUGUCAAAUCAAUGCUAAUGACAUGUAUCUACAAUUACCUUAUAUUUUACCUUAUAUUUUUUAUCACUGGUUAUCAUGUCAUUCAGUUUUAAAGAUGGGUUUUAGGUUGGAAUUGUGGUGGUGAUUAAAAAAAUUUGUAAACCUUUUCUUAGAUGUUUUUAAGAUAAUUGUCAUUUUUACAGAUUUUUAAAAAUUUAAUAAAAUAAUGUAUUAAAUAUUUUAAAGA